CGGGUUUGUUGUUAUUCGUGGUGAUCUUGAAUAAUCUUUUUAAAUGUGGACUAAAACUGAACAUAAUGUGUAAAGUGAUGUGAACACUCUAGAUAUCAAGUUUAUAAGUGCACCUAUGUGAAAAGUCGGUGCAAAAUGGCUUCUAUUACGAUGCAAAGAGACCUUGUUGUUUCGUUCAAGAAAGAGACUAUUUUGAACGUGGGCAUACUCAGUAAGCUGCAGCAAAUGCCUUCAGAUCUUAGCAGAUUGAUAUUCAAGGAGAAUGCUUUGGAGAAACCGACUCAGAGUUUGUUUAAUCACCUAUCAUAUUACCUAGUGUCAAUAAUCGAUAAUCAGGUCUGCAGUACAUUGCCGUGGCCGCUGUACGACACGAAGACUGAGAGAGCGUACAGGAAUGAGCUCUCUAACUUCAUCACUGACUACAGCAACAAAGGUUUACUGUCUCCAGUCAUGUCUUCCUACUUAGUGAACCCUGGAUGCUAUAAAGUGACCAUGCUAAUAUUCCAAAUGUCUCAACUAGCUGUCCAAAAAGUCGUACAAACGAAAAUGAUCAAUGAUUCACAACGAAAACUCUAUGAUAGCAUGACUGACGACUACAAAUCACAGAAAGAAGGUUUUAUUGAGAAUAUUGAUAAAGAAACAAUGUCUAUGUCCAACAAGUUCUCUAAUUAUUUAUGUAAAAGAUCUGCAAUGGAAAAGAUUGCUGAAAUGUUCCGCAAGAAAAUUGUCGAUAUGGAGGAUAAAAUGGCAGAGUUAAAUGCACAGAAAUAUUUAGAUGAUAUUGUUGAUGGAUAUUUGAAAACGCACAAUGUUGAUGAUGAAACAAAAAGAGAAAUAUUGAAAAUAAAGGAUGUUCACAAGCCAGCAAAGUUCUUUGACGAUUGGUUGCUGGAGACAGACAAGGCAAUUAUGCAUUUAGAAGACGAAUGGGAUAUGAAAAUGAAACCGUUUCUUCAAAAAUGUAUAGACACCAGAAACAGUAGUGAAAUGUUAAUAGCGAGGCAAACAGGUGAAGCAGAAAAAAGUUCUUAUACUCUAGAAUAUAAUCCGAAAACUGAUGAUAUAUGUACAAAAGAACUACAAAAUCAAGUGAACAGUGAACAAAGGUAUAUUCUCAAAAACAUCACAAAAGAUGACAAAUUAAGUUUUCCCAACCUAAUCCGCGCUUUCCUUAUUUCAAUAUGUUUUAUAUUGAAGAAUGCGGAGAUUGGUGAUGAGAUAUACAAAUUCAAUCAAUACUUAGACGGCGGGAAAAAGAACUUAGCGGAGAUAGUAUCCGCAAUGCGAGUGCUUGUGGAAAGGGUGAUGACUGCAGAAGCUAGACUUCAGCCAUCAGAAACAUCUUAUGAUCAGUCAAUAUCUCUGAAGGAAUUUUCAGAAAUACCACCAUUACCUGAUCUCUCAGAUUUGAAGAUGGGGAAAGACCUGCAGUCUCAAGUUAUAUUUGACAACUUCACUCCUCUCAACAUAUCUAAACAUCAGUUUAAUUUGCGCAGAAGAGUGCAGUCUUUUGUCAAACCACCGUCUCGUUCAAUGCUCAUUGCCCCAUUCUACCAAGGACCGAAAGACGAUUUCCUAAAAAGCCUAAUAUCAUGCCGAUUUAGUUCCUAUGAUCGCCAAAACACGACACAAAACUUGAAUAUGUCUAUUAUAUCUCAAGUCAAUUACAGAAAUAAUGAAACCAUAGCAGAAUGUUCCUCUGGUUUCACUAAACAACAAAUAAUGAGAUUGCUAUCAACGAAAAAGUCCAGUAGCUCCAAAAAGUUUAAAUACAAGACUGAAAGACCAGACAUUCAAGUAAAGAAAGGAGGUUUAUUCAAUGAGUCAGUAGUGUCUAAUGACAAUGUUUUGUUCAGAAGUCAUUCUUCACCAAAUCUUUUUGAAAAUAGAGAAAAGCGCUCAAAGAUUCCUAUCCCUAGGAAGCUCUCUAUUAUGCAAGAGGAUUGCCCACUUUUAGAAGUUUCUGGAAUCUCAGUGUUGGAGAAAGAUAAUAGUUUUGGCACUCCAGAAGGUGUGCCUCGGUUAGAAAGUACGCGGAAAAUAUUCGACGCAACAAGCUUGCCGGCAAUUACUGUUACUCCUGAACCAGAAAAGGUAAUCUCUGAGAAAGAAGACUCAAAUAAGGUUCAUUUUGCUGAGUUAAAUGUACCAAAAUUGCAGGAGAAUAUUCUGGAAGAAUGUAAGACUGAAACUCCAAAAACUAAUGCACAAUUGAUUAGGAAAACUAGUUCUUUAGAGAAGAUUAUAAAUAGGUUUAAGAAAGUAAGGGCCAGUGUGUUGCCCAUGGACAAAAGUAAUGAAGAAGUGAAUGAAUUCAAGACUAUUGCGGAAGAAAAAGAAAACUUAAAUACAGUCAAUGUAGAUGUAUUCACAGCAAAUAGGGUCUUAUUACCUGAUUUAUUAGGUCCAAGUUGUAGUGUUAUACCACAGAAGUUAACUGAAGAUUAUUUAGAAGAGUUCUGCUUAGAUGAUGAAACUCCUUGCAGAAAACCGCGGGAAAGUCUAGGCACGGCCCUAGGAGUUGACAAUACAUUUUUAGAUCAGUUUGAUUUGAUAGACUAAUGAGUUAUUAGUUGUAAUGAAAAGUCCAGUAUUUUCAAUGUAAUAACAAUAAAGUUAAUUAUACAAUCUAUACUGCAAAUAUAUUAUAACUAUUAAAUAUAGUUAACCUCCUAACUAGCCUAACCUGCCUGAUUAUGUUGCUGCACAAAUGUGUCUUUACAAUUUAUUAUUAAAUUAUAGUCAAAAUCUAAUUCUAGCAAUCAAGGAACUUCUCUAAAGAAAACGAAGUAGGUUACUUCUGACGUUAGCAGUAAAGUUUUUG